AUGGCUUCGAGAGCGUUGUCUUGCAAGUUUUGCCCCAUUGUAUUCUUCCUCGUGCUCGUCUGGGGUGUUCAAGCCCGCAAGGUGUUUAAUGUAGAGAUGUUCGGUGCGGUUGGAAACGGAAAGACCGAUAAUACCAAGGCAUUUUCAGAUGCAUUUAGAAGCGCUUGUCAAUACAACGGGCGUAGCCGGAUAUUGGUCCCUAUGGGAACAUUUCUCGUAUGGUCCAACGUAUACAAGGGCCCGUGCAAAGGGCCAAUUGAUUUCAAGGUCAAGGGAAACAUUAAAGCGCAUGCUGGUCCUGUUGGUCUGGACCAUUGGUUCACCUUUCGGUACAUCGAUCGAUUGUCUAUCACAGGCGGUGGCACCUUCGAUGGUCAAGGACACACUGCUUGGCCCCACAACGAUUGCAUGAAGACCAAUUGCAAAUCUCUUCCCGUUUCGAUUCGGUUCGAUUUUGUUACGAACUCACUUAUCCGCCGGAUAACGUCCUUGGACAGCAAAAACUUCCACAUCAACAUAUUCGAAUGCGACAACAUCAGAAUCGAGCGGCUCCGAAUUAUUGCCCCGGCGGAGAGCCCCAACACUGAUGGGAUCCAUGUUGCCCUGUCGGAAAACAUCAAAAUCCAGAACUCGACCAUUGCUACCGGCGAUGACUGCAUAUCACUUGGCCCUGGGAGUAAGAAAGUCGAGGUGCUCCGGGUCAAAUGCGGGCCUGGGCAUGGGAUCAGCAUCGGGAGCCUUGGGAAGUCUCACCCUUAUGACGUGAGCGGGAUUACAGUUAGGAACUCCAGGUUCGAUGGAACGGAUAACGGGCUGCGGAUCAAGACAUGGGCUCCAUCACUUAAGUCGAAAGUUCACGAUAUCAUCUUUGAGGAUGUUAUCAUGAACAAUGUCCGCAACCCCAUUUUAAUCGAACAGCAAUAUUGUCCGAGCGGUAAUUGCGAUAAGUCGGUACCUUCUUCGGUUCAAAUUCAAGAUGUUUGGUUCAAGCACAUCCGGGGAACUUCCCAGUCGCAAGCUGCGGUGAACCUGCAGUGCAGCAGUCUUUACCCGUGCAAGAACAUCAACCUCGCAGACAUCAACUUGUCCUAUAAAGGUCUCAAGGGGGCCGCGAAUGCCACUUGCUUGAAUGUUCAAGGUUCAGCCUGGGGCGUACAGAGGCCCAAUCUUGAAGCUUGCGUUUGA